AUGUCAACAACAGAGAACACAACAACUGCUAUCGUUCAUGAAGCCAUAAAUGAAGAAUAUGAGUGGGUUCAGUUUAACAAACAACUCCGUCUCAUUCGUUCGGUCAAAGACGAUAUGUACCAAAUGCAAAGUAUUUUGACAGCAUGUUUUGCUCCAGACACUAAACACGCAGACGACUGGUUCAAAAACCAAAGCACACAAGAACUUUUGAGUGAAAUUUCUCUAGACCGACUUUUUUCGGCCAUGCAUAAAACACAUGAAAAUCGUAAAAAUUUGCCAAUAAAUUUAAGAGGAUAUUAUGUACAUAGACUUUUAGUAAAUGCAGUUGCAAUGUGGGCUUCUCCUCGUUAUGCAUGGCAUGUUUACAGACUUCUUGAUGAAAUUCAUAGACAAGAACGUGAAGAGAUGGAAAAGAAACUUCAAGCAAAAGAUGAAGUCAUUGAAGCAAAAGACAAAAGCAUUCAGAAAAGAAUACCACGUUCGGUACCAAAAGGAAAGGAAAAGAACUAUAAGUAUAUGAUUUAUACUGAAGAGUUGGAAAAUGAAGAAGACAGAGAUAUGGUUAUGUUGCAUUUAGUCAGAAGAAACAACAAAAGCUUUUACGACCUUGCUAAGAUUUACAAAUCUGACAGAAAUUGGUUCUAUCGCGAAAACUUACCGAUUUCAAUGACACCGAAUGAAGAUGUGAAACAAAUAGUUCAAGAUACUUUACCUCAAACACACUAUGAUAUUAAAGGUUGUACAAUACUUACAUUCAAAGAAGAUUUGUCAUUGUUAAAGGAAAAAAUAACAGAGUAUUUUGACAACUUCAAACAAGUAGGGUAG